AUGGCUCUCCCUCGCGCUGCGGGGCCGCUCUUCUCUUCUACUACCUCGGUAUUCCUCAAAUUCACCGCAUCGUCCUCCGCCUCACACCGAUGUCUACAAUGCCUCCGAACAUUCUCCUCGUACAAGUCCCUUGACCAUUCCUCCAAACGGCAAUUGCAGACUGUCAGCGCUCAUCACCCCUCAACCCUGAACCCUGAACCACUCCCUCGCAAUUGGGCGGUUCCCGAUGUCUCAAGAGUGAGUGGGGCACCCGAGGUCACCAGUUCGAUAGCGCCACGGUUGAUGCCUGAGCAGCGCGAGGCUUCAACGCAACAGGAUCGCCCUAGUAUAAGUGUGUCUGAGGGUGAAGCUCAAAGAAGCCAACCGACACCGUCGCCCAAACCGCUGCGGCCGCGACGAUAUAACUUCGGGCCUCGGAAAGCGACCAUCAAGCUUUCUCCUUCCGCGGUGUCGCACCUGAGAGAUCUGCUCGAUCAACCAGAGCCAAAGCUCAUUCGAAUAGGGACAAAAGCGAAGGGGUGUUCAGGGUUGGCGUAUCACUUGGAGUAUGUGGACAAGCCGUCGAAGCUAGACGAACAGGUAGAGCAGGACGGUGUCAAGGUGUUAAUAGACAAUAAGGCGCUUUUGAACAUCAUUGGCAGCGAGAUGGACUGGCUAGAAGACAAGCUGAACCAAAGGUUUGUUUUCAAGAACCCGAAUAUUACUGAGCAAUGUGGUUGUGGAGAGUCCUUCAGUGUCUCUUAG